GCCAUAUCAUGAACUUGCAUUAGAUUCUGAGGGAACGAAAAGCAAGAUCAGAUGGACAUGACCUUUGCGCAUGCUCGCACGUGGAACGGUACAUGCUAAAACGUUUAGCCUCUCCACGUGCAAACUACUCUUCCUUGAAUGUGACUCUCUCGCAUCUAGUCUGUCACGAUAGUCACGGGCGGUCUGGUCAACAUGCGCCUGAAUCCAGCAUGCCAUUUCUUUCCUCCGCUCUGGCAUAUAUGCAUACUACGAUAUUUGUUCCUUCAACUACGGCACAGACACACAUACUCAUCACUCGUGUCUGCUUCAUACCACACCCACACAUCCACCAUGACGACCAACCCUGACCUCAUCUUUGCUCUCGAAAGCAUCACCUCUGCGUCCUUAUCUGCUUCUACUACCACAGUAAGAACAACUGAACCUUCCUCGGUUGCGACAGCAAAGCCUUCGGUGCUGCGACCGAGAGAUCCUCGCCACGGCUGCAUCAACGGCACGAGAAUCUCCACGUGCAGACUAUGCGCCGGUCAUGUGCUGAGAACUAAGAUCCCCUGCCAGGGGUGCAAAGGUACCGGGUUCGUGGGAGCCAAAUGCGGGGCUUGUGCUGUGGGAGCGGCCGUUGCUCUCAGAAGUCUGAUAAAGGAGACUGCUGCUGAGUCUCUGGCGCAGGACGAGUCCAGAGCUAAGGAAAUCGGGAAGGGGAAGACAGCGACGAAGGAGGAGUACAAUGAGGAACGGAGAUUGAGAGAAGCAUGAAUGAAGCGUGGAUCUCGGAGAAAAGGAGAAGUCAAGGGGAAGUUCACACAAGCAGAUUCUCGCAUCAGACAAUGGGAAUGGGAGAACGGUCAGGAAGAAUCAAUGGCUCGGGACAGGAAUUGUGACAUUGGGGGAAACCAAAGGAUAAAGGACAAGAGGACUUGAGAUAGCAGGCAGAGCAAGCUAAGAACAGCGUUGAUGACGAUCAACUCGAUACU